AUGAUUGUAUUUUAUAUUGGCAACAGUUGGAUGUGGAGAAGUGCCAAACAUUGUUUCCAACGACAUCUUAAUGACUUGAUACCUCUAGUAGCUUUUCAGUUAUUCGUUUUCGAAAAUUGUUGCCACUUAUCAUCCAAUAUGGGUGUCAUAGCUAUCAUCGCAACUAUCCUUGAAGAAAACAAUAUUAUGGUAGCAUUUCUUGCUUUGCUAGCGUAUCCCAUAUCAAGUGCUGUCUACAAUAUCUACUUCCACCUUCUCGCGAAAUUCCCAGGUCGUAAGCUGUGGACUGCUUCGCGACUCCCCUUCAUAUACUACCUUCUUACAGGGCAGCUCGUGAACAAAGUCAAAGAAUUCCACAACACCUAUGGAGAAUUCUACCGUCUCGUACCAGGUGAAGUAUCGUUCGCCAGCGAGGAAGCCCGGAACGACAUAUACACCUUCCGUUGCGGACAUAAGCCUGCUUUGAGAGACAAGGUUUGGUAUGUUGCACCGAAUAAUCAAGCCGAUAACCUCAUUACAACGACUGACUUCAAGUUCCACGCUCGUGUUCGAGGAUUGAUGAGCAGUUCUUUCACCGAUGAAGCGCUCCGUACACAAGAAGCUGCCGAGAAACCUGAGAAUUUGAACAGAGGUGCUCGAAUCAUUGUUACAGACUGGUCGAAUUUUUUCAUAAUCGGCGUACGCAAACUGUUCAGUUAUCUCAAGGGAAUGUCAAUUGUCGCCGCUCCUCGAUUCUACCCCGCAAUGGAAUUUCUGUUUCAGAAAUUGAUUCCGAAAAGGAUCAUGGAGGAACGGAGACAGCAUAUCGCGUAUGCCGAAAAGAUGAUCAGUCGUCGCUUAGAUACGAAAAGCGAUCGUCCGAAUUUCAUGACUCUUUUCAUGAGAGACAAUAUCAAUUUUGAAAAUGUGUCCCGCGAGGUGAUUUUAUCGACCUCUUAUUUUAUUAUCGUGGGUGGUUCUGAAACUUCAGCAACAGUGAUAACUGGUAUAUUUAACCACCUCACUAAAAAGAAUAAUAAGCGAAUCCUUGACAGACUUUGUAAUGACAUCAGAACAAAGUUCGAGGAAGAGAAGGACAUUACUUUGGAUGCAACCCGAAGCACACCUAUCACUUAUUUGGAAGCUGCGAUGAAUGAGGGCUUGAGAAAAUGCAAUCCAAUUCCUAGUGGACUGCCACGUGUAGUCCCCGAAGGUGGGGAUGAUUAUUGUGGGAUAUUCCUCCCGGCUGGUAAAAGAUUAGCAGUUCGGACAUACGCGACCAAUCGAUCCAAAAAGAUAUUUGGAGAUCCAGACGAAUUUGUUCCUGAACGCUGGUUACCGACCGGCCAACAAUCGAAGAAAUAUGCAAACGAUCAGCUCUCGGCUAGCAAACCUUUCAGUGUUGGGUUCCUUAGCUGUCUUGGAAGUCUCUUGCAUGGGCGGAGAUCCGUCUCGCAGCCACUAGACUCUUAUUGA